AUGGGUCCUUCGGCAGCUCUCGGCGACCAGAGAGCGUCGAUGGAAGUGGUGAAGGACUGGAACGGGAUCGACCAAGUAGUUCUUCGGGCUCCGCGGGGAGCUUCUGCCCGGGUUCUGCUCAAUCCGCUUCAAAUCUCAAUGGGCUUUGCUUCUGUUUGCGCGCUUCUCUGAUGUGAUUCUCGUCGGGAACCCAGGCUAGUUUGCAUGGGGGGCAGGUGAUUUCGUGGAGGAACGGCCGUGGAGAGGAGCUUCUGUUCACAAGCAGUAAGGUGUGCCAUCGUGCUCUUUAUCUUCUUCUUAGAGAUAAUCCUCUGGUUUCUUUAUCUGGACUUCACUGUGUCUGAAUGCAGGCGAUCUUCAGGCCUCCGAAGGCGAUUCGGGGAGGGAUCCCCCUCUGCUUCCCUCAGGUAUCGCCGCCGCCUUCUCCUCUACCUCUGGCCUGCAAGAGCUUCGAUCACAUCUGGUUCGUCUCACACUUGAAGUUCGGAAACUGCGGGUCGCUGGAGCAACAUGGGUUCGCGAGGAACAGGAUGUGGGUCGUCGAGGAUGAUCCUCCGCGACUCCGCACCGGGGAAUCCACAGGCUGCGUCUCCGUUGACUUGCUACUCAGGCCGUCGGAGGAGGACUUGAAGUGCUGGCCUCACUGGUACCGCGUUCAUGGCCUUUCCCCAGUCUGCAAACUCUCGAAAAACCCAUUCUUGGAUUGAUGGCUAGGGAAGUAAUCUCAUGGGUCCAUCUGAUUAUAUGGCACGAUGCUUCCUGAAUAGAAAGAUUUACUCUGCUUUUCAGCUUCGAGUUUCGCCUCAGAGUUUCUCUUGGAGCAGAUGGGGAUCUAUCGAUGAUUUCUCGAAUAAGGAACGUUGAUGGGAAGAAAUUUACCUUCUCAUUUGCUUAUCAUACUUACCUCUCUGUUUCUGACAUCAGGUAAGAAAAAGCUCGAGAACUUGAUGACAAAACGCAUCAACCAGUUAGUUCAUAACACUAAAAACCCAAACCUUUUUUUUCUUCUGGGUCCAUUUUUGCCCCCGAUUAAGGCGAGCAAGAGAUCUGCGUGUAUAGAUUUCUUGCAAUAACAGAAACUGAUGAGGAGCAAAAAAAAUUGAAAACUGAUUCAUUUAGUCUGGAGGAAAAUCAGAUGCUAAAUAAUUAUGUGACAACCUUUCCUGCUUUCAGAUGCUGAUCGAAUACUUUAAACUUUUUAAAAGAAAUAAGGUACAUAAUCCUGCUACUUUUGGAAGGAUAUUGAAUAUUAGAGGCAUCUAAAGCUGCUUAAAAUCUGUAAUGCUGUAGGUAAAAGAUCCGUGUAUUUUCAAUGAUGGCAGUGCUUUUAUCCUCUGAAGCGGCUAGUAUGGGGCUGUAGAACUCUUCAUAGACCCAUGGUGAACCUUGUUUGAGAUAAGUCACAGUCUUUAACAUGCGGAUUCAUAUGCAGUGAAGUAAGGAUUGAAGGUCUGGAGACCCUUGAUUAUCUGGACAACCUGUGCAACCGAGAGCGGUUCACCGAACAAGAAGAUGCCAUCACAUUUGAAUCGGAGGUAUUGCGAUGAGAAGCAUAUGAUUUUUUCUAGAGAAAUACUUCUAGUCAUUGAAAAACUCAGUAGGAAACAUUUUGGUAAAAUAUCAUACGUUUUUUAGGAAACCCUAUUCGAUGGGGAACAGAGACUUGCCUCCGAAUGUUUCAAGGCUGCAUAUUUCGGCCGCAUAUCAUGUCAAUUGAUGAUGAGUACAAGUCGAUGUGUGAAGAAUAUCAGAAGCUAAAUCAUGCUGAAAGUAUAUUUGCUGCUUUCCGAUUGGGAAGCUCAAAAUUCAUGUAACCAGCACAUUAAAUUGCAGGUUGAUCGAGUUUAUCUUGGUUCCCCGGAUGUGGUGGCUGUUCUCGACCAUGGAAAGAAGCAAACAUUUAUCAUCAAAAAGGAAGGACUGCCAGACACCGGUAAGAUUCUCGGUUUCACUUCCUGGGGGGCAUUGACUCUGCUGAAAAUUAUCGACUGAAAGACGCACAAGACGAUUAAUCGACACAAAUUUUAUUAAAUUCCAUCACUUUUAUAAAAAAACUAUGGAAUAUUGAGGUCAAAAGUAUUUUUUUAUUAUUAUUAUUAUUUUGCAGUGGUGUGGAACCCAUGGGAGAAGAAGUCCAAAUCUAUAGUAGACUUUGGGGAUGAUGAAUACAAACAGAUGCUGUGUGUUGAUGGUGCGGCAGUGGAGAGACCGAUAACGUUAAGACCAGGCGAGGAAUGGACAGGCCGAUUGGAGCUUUCUGCUGUCCCUUCUAGCUUUUGCAUCAAGAACCUCGACCCCACCAGAAGCAUCUGA